CAGAAUUUUUGCUGGCAGCACAGAGAGGCAAAUUCUUGCAGUUGACCUUGACAGCUUCACUGUUACAACAAUAUUUACGCUCCCAGCUGGCCAGAUAGGCUACAUCAGUGCUGUUGCUUUUGAUUAUCAAAAUAACACAGUUUACUGGGGCAUGUAUGAACCUGCAAAAAUUGAGAGCCUCAAUCUUAACAUCUCCUCUACACGUGAAGUCACAACUGUUACUCAGGGGCAUAUGCAGCAGAUUAGUUCUCUUGCUUUUGACUGGACUUCUGCUCAUCUUUACUGGACAGACCAGGAGAAGGGUACCAUUGAGGUGGUCAGCACAAAUGGCCUGUUCCGCAGGAAUCUGAUCAGCAGUAACAGUUUGGUGAGAAGGCCUGCCCAUCUUGUUGUGGAUCCUCCGCAUGGCCAGAUGUACUGGCUGGAACUGACAGUUGGACGGCAGUCAUUAAUGAGGGCAUGGAUGGAUGGUACUCAUAUUGAAGUCUUUGGACCUCAUCCUCUUUUGAACAUGCCCCAGGGCUUAACCCUUGACCUCAGUACUGAGCGACUGUAUUGGACACAAGGGGUGGACAAUCAUGUACGGAGCAUAAAUCUUGCAGGUACAGAUGCGCAAGAUCUGGUUGCUCCUGCCAUGAGCUUACACAGUCCAGGUCCUGUGUCAACAUACAAGAACUCGCUGUAUUGGGUAAACAACAGAGACAGAAAUCUGGUAAUUGCUGGCAAACACAGUGGUGUGGCAUGGUUCCAGAUGACCUUCAACUAUACUGUGGUUGACAUGAAGACAGUCUCACACACCUCACAGCAAGCACAAAGUGCCUGCAGUCCUGGGCAUCCCAGGUGCUCCCAGCUAUGUCUACCUAAACCGCAUGCCACUGACAGCACCAAAGUGAAUCGCACAUGUUUAUGUGGUGAUGGCUUCCAGACUUUGCAGCGGCAGAACUCAAGUGAUCAGCAGUGUGUUUGCGGCAGCAAUGAGAGGAUGACCAUUCAUGGAGAUUGUGAAGUGACAAAUAGCACCUCCACCUGUAGAGCUGAUCAGUUCAAGUGUAACAACCAACGAUGCAUCCCUUCACACUGGAAGUGUGACCGUGAAGAUGAUUGUGGUGACACAAGUGAUGAGCUAGACUGUCCAUUCUAUGAGUGCCCCAACGGCACAUUUAAGUGUGCCAAUGGUCGUUGCAUUCCAUCACGCUGGCACUGUGACUUUGACAAUGACUGUCGGGAUGAGGAAGGAGGAACAGGCUCUGAUGAACGUAACUGUUCAAGGCCCAACUGCACUCCAGGUCAGUUUCGCUGUGCAAAUCAGAGAUGCAUUCCAGAAGCAUGGAAAUGUGAUUUUGACAAUGACUGCCAUGACAACUCAGAUGAAAUGAAUUGUACAAAUAAGACAUGCCAAAUAUGGGAGCACAUCUGCGGCAAUGGCCGCUGCAUUUCUCCAUCCUCUGUUUGCAAUGGUAUAAAUGAUUGCUCGGACAACAGUGAUGAGAGAAACUGCAGCACCACUUGUAAUAGCAUGCAGUUCAAGUGUGCCAAUGGGUCACGGUGUAUUUACAAGUCCUGGCGAUGUGAUGGAGAUGUGGAUUGUGCUGAUGGCAGCGAUGAAAAAAAUUGCAAUACUACUACUACUACCCCUGUAACUACUGUUCCACCCUUUAAUGCCAGCUGCCUCUCCAAUCAGUUCCGCUGUGAAAUGGGCUUCUGCAUUGAUGAUUCACUGAUCUGUGAUGGGGCUGAUGACUGUGGUGAUGCAAGUGAUGAGAGAUCUUGUGAUUAUGAGCACAGUACUACCAUGAGACCAUGUAAGCAGGGGCAGUAUCCAUGUGACUCAGGGCAGUGCAUCUCCCAGGGUCAGCAUUGUGAUGGACAAAUACAGUGCAUAGAUGGCAGUGAUGAGAGACUGUGUGAUGACAUCAACACAUGUGCUUCAGACCAGUUUAGAUGCAACACAACGAGCACAGAACAGAGACACUGCAUUUGGGACUCUUGGUUGUGUGAUGGAGAAAGAGACUGCCCCUUUGGAGAAGAUGAAGAGGGCUGUAUAGAUGUUCUACCUUGUAACAGUAACGCGUUUCAGUGUGUGGAGAGUGGAGAGUGUAUUUCCAUAAGCCAGCGUUGCAACGGUGUUAAUGAAUGUGACGAUAUGUCAGAUGAAAAGGGGUGUCUAUCCAACCAAUGUGAACAGCUGACUGUUAGCAAGGAGGAAUGCUGCGCUGCAGGUUGUGCAUACCUCACAUGUGACGCAGAUCGUGUUUAUGGCUGUUUCAACAAGACUCGAACCUUUGGUAACACAUGCUCAGUCAGCCAAAGCUCAUGCUCUCAAGUUCCCUCUGGAGGUGCUACUGUGAAUGUCACAUACUUCUACAAAUGUCCAUUCAUUGACCGGUCAGUGCACAUGAUGCUCUUGUGUGAUACCUUGAAAGGCUGCAGUGACUGUCCAGGCUUCAAGUCAAAUGUGUCACUCAGAGUGAUAAAGACGACAAAUAUAUCGGCACAGAUAAUGUGGCAAGGGGGUGACGCUGGUGAUGACUUCAUGGUUUCUUAUAUUGAGACUUCAGCACCAACAGUCUGGCAAAAUGGCUCAACAACCAACAAGUAUUUCUAUGCUCUCAGUGGCCUGAAGCCUUACACUUCCUAUACAUUGGCUGUGUAUAUCAAGCGAGGGAACAAUGUUUUGUAUCCUUCGGAUGCUCUUGAAUUCUGGACGGAUGUUGGAAAACCUAGUCAGCCACGUUUUCUGGAAGCUUACCUUUUAGAUGAAACAAGUAUACAGUUGACAUGGCAGCCUCCCAAACAGCCAAAUGGUGAAAAUAUUCAGUAUCUGGUCACAGUGCAAGACUUGACAACUGGAAUCAUGUGGGAAAAGCAGUUGGCCAAGAUAACUAUGGUUACUGAAGUUUCAUUCAGUCACACCUACUGCAUCACUCUGCAAGCAAUGAAUACAAUGUAUACAAGUGAUGAAGUCCAUCUAAAUUUUUACAUACAUACAGUAAGAACUCUGCUCUGAGUCUGUCAGCAGAGGAGGUGAAAGACACCUCUGUGAAACUGAUCUGGAACUCCGUUGAUCAUGCCGAGAGAUACAUUGUGACUGCCAAUCUGCAGUACCAGGAUCGUCAGAUCCAGAAAAUCACCCAGAAUACAAGCUUUAUAUUCGAUGGCCUUUGUCCUGGGACUUCAGUCACCUUCAGUGUGAAAGCAGAAAGUGGUAAUCAUCGAAGUCUGCCCUCCAACCUUGUUUACCUGACUACUAAUGGAAAUACACCAGCUGUUGUG